AUGGCAUCUCCCGUCUUCAAAGCCCUGUUCGCGACGGCCACAGCAAACAGCGACACAGCAGUCACCACCAGCACCGCUCAACACGUCGUCUCCGUCCCCAACGAUGACGGCGACGCCAUGUACAUCCUCGCCAACAUCCUUCACCUCCGCAACGACCAGCUGCCCAUGCGCAUCCCCCCGGACCUCCUCCACAAAAUCGCCUGCCUCGCCCGCAAAUACGAAUGCGUCGUCGCCGCCGGCAGAGCCACGGUGCAGUGGUUCGACAGAUUGUACGCCUCCAAAGACAAGAUCGACACGUGGAGGAUCGUGGAGGCUGCCUUCCUGCUCGACGAAGCUACAUUCUUCGCUCGCUUCUCUUCGCGUUGGGUGUUUGAGGCGUCGCUGUACGCUCACGUUCGAUCGAUACCUGCCCCCACCACCGCUGACACGCACCAUCUCGCUCUCCUCCUCGCCAACUGCGCCUCAAAAGCCAACACCAUGAUCCACGUCGACCUCGACACAAUGAUCGACCCCUGCAUAGUCCCCUUCUCCAACCAAUACCGCCACUACAUAGACUGGGCCCCCCAAAUGUCUCCAACCCCCGAAUCGCUACCCGAAGGCAAGCCGCCAACCGAAUGCCACGUCGACUCCGACGGCGCAACGCUGUACCUCGGCGCCCUGCGCGAUGCCGACAUCUGGCCUUCGACCGUCUGGCUGCAGACGAAGGACACGGCGAACGGGAAGGGCGAGACGGUCGGCUCGCUGGUGGAGAAGCUGGCGGCUUUCCGGGAGCCGGAGUACGAUGAUGUGGACAAGUGCGAGUUUUGCGAGGGGGUGAAGAUUGGGUUUACGGAGGAGCUGGAGCGCAUGCAGGAGUCGCAUCGCAUUCGGUUGUGGGGGCUUUGUUUGGAUUGCGUCAAGGCUGGGGGCGUGAAUCGGGGGGAGUGUCGGUAUGAGCACACGAAGCCCAUGUCGUACACCUUGCAGGCUAGUGCGGUGCAGGGCGCGACGGCGGGCAAUCAGGGGGCGUGA